GCCGAGGCUGUCACUCUGAUAAACACUUUUUGUUUCAGUGAAGAAAAAGUUACGCGGGUUUGAAACGAAUAUCGCCAGAUUAAAAUUUUGAAGUCUCAAAAUGAUAAUUGUGAACGUCGUUUGUCUCUCUUCUGCUCCUCCUUUGUGUGACAAAACAACAAAUCCUGCAGUUUUUCUGCCGCUGUUUCUCGAGUCUGAACUGAUGACGAGAUGAAAAUGGCGGAUCUUUCGAAAUCUAACCCCGGCCUGAAAUAGACUCGCAGCGGGAUAACUCUCUUUAACACGACUCAGUUCAGCAGACAAACAUCCCUGGCUACAAUAACCCAUGUGUAUGCCUUGUAAAUAGAGAUAUUUCCAUGGCAACAGAAUAGACAGGAAAGCAGGCGCGUCGAAUAUCAACAAACUCCGUCUGAUGUGAAACUGACAGACGGUCUUGUUUGGUUUCACUGAAUUAACUGUUGAGUUUGUUUUCAGUAACUUCACACACGAUGGAUGUGGUUUCACCUGAGCUCAACAGCCUCCUCCCUGAUGAGAUUAUGGAUACAGAAGCCAUCGCGAUGGAAGAGGAGCUCCCCGCCGAGCACCUCGCCGCUCCUCCCCAAUCUGAACCAGAGCCGCCGCAGGUUCCUAUGGAGACAGAGGUGCCUGAAAUCGUCAGCUUGUGUCCAGCCUCCACAUCUAUGCAGAUGACCUCCACCUCCACUGACGCUCAGUGCAGCACCAGCUUGGGAACUCAGCUCCUCCUCGCUCCCUCCGGCCUCAUAUCCAGCACCACCUCGACCACCACCACCUCUGUCAAAACCACCAGUCCUGCGGUGACUCAGAACCUCCCCAAAAUUUCCAGCGUUACUGUCCCGGCCAACCACCAGCUCAUCAUCAACAAAGUGUCCAGCGCCCCCGCUGUGGAUGGCAAGUGUCCAGGCGCUGCUGUGCUCAAGCCAGAGGGCCAAAAACUCUUGGUUGCCGGCCUCAGUAAAACAGGGCAGCCCAUUAUGUUGGCUCUGCCUCACACUUGGAACAAGCCCGCCACUACCCAGGGCACAGGGGACGCCAAGGCCCAGCCGACGCAGAUCAAAAUGGUGACGACAGUAGGGAAGCCUAUGAUAGCGGUGAGCUCAGCCAGUCAGCUGAUGGGGAGCUCCACCACACUGCAGGCCCAGCAGCUCAAGGCACUUCAGAUCUCAAAGAAGCCCCCAGUAUCUACAGCUGGACCGAUGAUUACAAAGCUCAUCAUCACAAAAGCCCUGAAUAAUAAAGGACUGUCCAGCCCAGCUUCAGUGGCUCCUGUAGUGACUGGGCGAGUUGUUACCCAGAGUUCUCCAGUGACACCCCCACGCACCAUCACCAUUGGUGAGACCAUCAGCACUGUGUCACAGAAUACAUCUGGUAACAGCAAAGUCGCCAUCUCUCCUCUCAAGUCUCCCAGCAAGCUGACUGUGGUUUCGGUGGCCAGUCAGUCUCCAAACUCGCCUCAGAAGUCUGUGACGCUGCCGCUCAACGUGGCUCUGGGCCAGCAGAUCCUCACUGUUCAACAGUCUGCCACCACCUCUCCAGCUAAAGCAGGAACCAGCCAGUCCACCGCACAGACUGUAAAGCCAGUGCAGACGGUGGGAGGAGUGGGAACAUCCCAGUUUAAGACCAUCAUCCCCCUCACCACACCUCCCAAUGUGCAGCAGAUCCAGGUGCCGGGCAGCCGCUUCCAUUAUGUGCGUCUGGUAACAGCCACCACUGGCAGCAGCACUGCACAGUCGAGCGGCAGCACCAACACCAACACUUCAAUCCAACCAGCCAAGCCUGUGAUGAUGAACGCUGCAGUACGGAUGUCUGUACCCAUCGUCUCAGCACAGACCGUCAAACAGGUAGUACCCAAACCCUUGACGUCAGGAGCCCAGGUGGUGACCACCAGUCAGACCCCCCAGCGUCUCAUCAUGCCAGCCACACAUCUGCCACAGAUCCAGCCCAACCUCACCAAUCUGCCACCGGGCACUGUGCUCGCCCCCGCCCAUGGCUCUGGAAACAUGGGCUACGCUGUCUUACCGGCCCCAUACGUUACGCAGAUCCCUCAGCCUACGUUUGUGACUUUGACCAGCAGCUCCACCUUCUCAACAGCCACCCCUAUACAGACUCAAGCCAGGCUUUCACUUAACGGUUUAUCAACAUCUGAAGCAACUUCAAGGCCGAGAAAACCCUGCAACUGCACACGGUCACAGUGUCUGAAAUUGUAUUGCGAUUGCUUUGCCAACGGGGAGUUCUGUAAUAACUGCAACUGUGUUAAUUGCUUCAACAACCUUGAUCAUGAGAGUGAAAGACUGAAGGCCAUCAAGGCAUGUUUAGACAGAAACCCUGUGGCUUUUAAGCCCAAGAUUGGCAAAGGCAAAGAAGGAGAGUCAGACAGGAGACACAGCAAAGGCUGCAACUGUAAGAAAUCUGGCUGUCUGAAAAACUACUGUGAGUGUUAUGAGGCAAAGAUCAUGUGUUCGUCCAUCUGCAAAUGCAUGGGCUGCAAGAACUUCGAGGAGAGUCCUGAAAGGAAGACGCUGAUGCACCUGGCAGACGCUGCAGAGGUGCGAGUUCAGCAGCAAACCGCAGCCAAAACCAAACUGUCCUCACAGAUCUCCGAUCUGCUCACCAGAACCACACCGGCCAUCACCAGCGGGGGCGGAAAGUUGCCAUACACAUUCGUAACAAAGGAAGUGGCCGAGGCGACGUGUGACUGUCUGCUGGAGCAGGCCGAGCAGGCCGAACUCGCCAACCAGCCUCAGGCCGUGGCAGAACGCCUCAUUCUGGAGGAGUUUGGUCGCUGCCUCAGGAGAAUCAUCAGUUUUGCUGGCAAAGCUAAGACGGACUGUCCCAUCAACUGCUAGAGCCGUGACUCAGAGCCCUCUCGCUCGUUUGGGGCCCAGGGUGUUGCUGAACCUAGACUCGGGCUCCACUGAGGGCACUUUUACCGGCCCUCAUAUGGAUUCAUGGGCCUUCUAAUAAAAAGACACAAACCAGAACUUCCCACUGGCCUGUGAGAUGUGUUGUGGAGGACACACUAUAUUCAGUAGGAGGACUACAGUACUUCAUUGUAGCCCCCUGCGGUGGACUUAACACUGUUUGCUUUAAUGGAAGGGGUUUAUUUUAGAACGAUCGAUACUAUUUUAAAGUAGUUUUUGUUUUGUUUGGCAAUGUUUUCCACUUUUAAAUCUGCAUAAUCAUGAUAUGUGUUUGUCUUUUUAAAACUGGAUUUUCAUAUCAUCAUU